AUGGGUGCUGAUGAUCCUAAUGCGUUGGCUGCAGUGGAAUUUGAGGUCUAUGGACAGGUUCAAGGGUGUUAUUUCACAAAGUACUGCAAGGAGCUAGCAGAGCAGCUAGGCGUGGGCGGCUGGGUCAAGAACUCGAAAAAAGGAACAAUUGUCGGCAAAAUACAGGGCACGAAGGCACAACUAGAUCACAUGAUUGACUGGCUAAGCACAACGGGGUCUCCAGGUUGCAAGAUAGAGAAAUGUGACCUCACCAACUGGGAGUACGUCGCGAAGAUCGCGUACACCGACUUUACUAUUCGAUUUUAA